AUGAAACUCAGUGUUAUUGCCAGUGCCUUGUUGAUUGCUUCCGUAGCCAACGCUAAACCUUUCUAUUAUGAAGAACAAGACUCUAAUGUGAUCGCUCCUCUUUAUGUCCCUCCUGAAACAGAAGUUGUCCAUGAUUCUUAUAUUGUCGUCCUAAAGAAUAACUUGAAUGAUCAAAGAGUAGAAGAACAUGCUCAAUGGAUUAGUACUUUGGUCCAAGAAAAGACAAGCUCCUUUAAUGAUUGGUUAUACCCUCAUACUCAAUCUCAUGGUAUCAGACAUGUUUAUGAUACUCCUCAUCUUAAAGGCUACGCUGGUCGUUUUGAUGAAUCCAUCUUGAAUGCUAUUCGUCAAUCUGAUGAUGUCGAAUUCGUCGAAAAGGAUUCCAUGGUCUAUGCUAAUGAAUUGCAACGAAACGCUCCCUGGGGACUUGCUCGUGUAUCUCAUGUAGACCCUUUGAACUUUAAGAACUUUGAACAAUACGAAUAUGAUCCUAAUGGUGGCGAAGGCGUCAAAGUAUACGUUAUUGAUACUGGCGUUAAUGUGGAUCAUGUUGACUUUGAGGGACGUGCUAGUUGGGGUCAUACGGUACCAAGCGGAGACAUUGAUGAAGACGGUAACGGACAUGGCUCUCACUGUGCAGGUACAAUCGCAGGCAAACGUUACGGUGUUGCCAAAAAGGCUCAACCUGUAGCCGUCAAGGUUCUGAGAUCAAACGGCUCUGGUACAAUGCAAGAUGUGGGCGCUGGUGUCGAAUGGGCUACUACACAGCAUGUCAAAGAUAAGGCAACUGCUCAAAGAGAAGGCAAAAAAUAUAAGGGUGCUGUGGCUAAUAUGAGUCUUGGUGGUGGCCGAUCCCGUUUCCUAGAGAGAAUUGUCAAUGGUGCUGUAGAGGCUGGUAUCGUCUUUAGUGUUGCUGCUGGUAACGAUAACAGUGAUGCUUGUGACUACUCACCUGCUGCGGCUGAAUUGGCUAUUACUGUCGGUGCAAGCACCAUCAAGGACGAGCGUGCUUACUUUUCCAACUAUGGUAAAUGUGUCGAUGUAUUUGCUCCUGGUCUCAACAUCUUGUCUAUCUGGAGAGGAAGUCGAUACGCAACCAACACAAUUUCAGGUACCUCUAUGGCAGCUCCUCAUGUAGCUGGUCUUGCUGCUUACUACUUGAGCUUGGAAGAUGAGCCAGUUGAACCCAAGUAUAUCAAAGACAAGAUUAUCAACACAGCCACAGAGGGAUUGCUCGAACGUAUUCCUUCAGAUACACCCAAUCUACUUAUCAAUAACGGUGUAGACAAGAAGAAGAAGAAGAACGAUAUCCACCACAUUGUGCAUGGUAUCGAUAGUGUCUUAAAGGAUAUCUUGGGAGAUAUUUAA